CCACUCUCUGCUUACAUGCCUCACUACCGUCUCUUUAUGUGCGAGCGAAGCUUUGGGUGACAGAAGAUGUCUGCGAAUACUAAUGUUGGCAAUGCACGACAACGGUCUACCUUAGCCUGUGACAUGUGCCGCUCACGAAGGACAAAAUGUGACAUGCGUAAGCCAACCUGUUCGUUUUGCGACGAGCAUGGCAUAGUAUGCAAUUACAGAGUGCCAGCUGCUCCUAGUCCCUCAAAGAACGACCUAGAAAUCCAGGCUAUUAGGGAACGCCUUGAUGAUCUUUGCGGUCUGGUUUCUAUGCGGCGUCUUGACCCCAAUUAUGUGCUUCCAGGCGGCUCAACAAGCCCAAAUCCAACAAGUUUUGAUCAAUAUCCUACGGCUGAGUCCAUCAUUAGUCGGAAUUGGAGGAUGGAGUUUCCAUUUAUGACAAUCCAGACUCCUUCGACGAUGUGCCUACUCGGACAGGAUCCCAAACUGGCCGCUCAGAUGGUUAGCAUAGAGAGGACUAAGUUGGACAUGUUGACUCCGCCGGUUGUUUCUGUCGGCUUUAGAUUCCAUUACGAGAACGCUGUUAGCGCCUUUGGAUUCUUUUACGACAGGAUACAACAUUGGUAUCCCAUCUUACACCAGGAAUUCUUCGGCUUGUAUCUUGAAAGUAUCGUUGGCGACUUCAGCCCUUGCCCAGACUCUUGCCUUGUUCUCCUUGUAGCUGCUAUCGGUUCGGUAUGCCAAUGUUCAUCUCUUGCAACGGCUUAUGCAACGCGACCUGAUGUCGACUAUAUUGGGAAAGCGCUUACAAUGCUGCCAAACGUCCAUUUCGAGUUCAGCUUGAGAAGCGUUCAGUGCCUCGUUCUUUUUGGUGUAUACUACAACUGCAUUGGAAAGCCAUGCCAAGCACACGACUAUAUAUUGAUGGCUUCGUGCAAGGCGCAGGCGCUAUUAAAAUGCCAUCUUUACGCGGAAAAUAGCAGCGCCAUGGAGCUUCUAAGAAGGGCGUUUUGGUCCAUUUUUCUUAUCGAAACUGAGCUAGGCUAUCAUAUGGAUAUGCCUGAGAGUAAUAUCUGGAAAUUUGACGAUCGCAUUCUUCUCCCUGGCAUCCAUGACUCUUGGGAACCCUUUCAAGAGAGUAAUAGGUUCCUGUUUGAUCAAAUUCGGCCGUCGAACACAUCCGCACUCAGCCCAAACGAUACGAAGGCCUAUUUCCUGGCAGCCAUUUCAAUGUGCCGCAUGAUGCGUCGUUGUUUCGCGUCCGUGACAUUCUCUAAUAAUAAGGAGGUUUAUGCCCCAAUUAUUGCCGCCGAACUUUUGUAUCAGCUAGAAAAUUGGUAUGGUAACCUACCUACGAGCCUCAGUUUCCACCGGCAAAUCCCUCACCCUACCGCAUACGAUGAUACCCUUAGCUAUGCUACCCCCCAACCGUAUUCUAGCCAAGCUGCUGCUAGAUGCUUUCUCCAGAUGCAAUUUUACCAGUGUCUGGUAUCCACAUACUGGCCCGCAGUUUACAGCGUCAUGUACCUGGAUGUCGCAGCUGCGGAGACACUGUUUGAUUGCUCACGCUUCUUUGACGCGUACGUUAGCCUCGUUUCGAGUAUAGCUACGGCUAUCCGAUGCUGCUCACAUACUCCUUGGAAUUUUUAUGCAAGUCUUUUUAUAACAACCAUGGCAGCACACAAAGGCGCACGUGCAGUCUGCCUCCGGGAUACGAUUUCGCCACGAGUGAUUCGCUGUUUUGAUAUUGCGACGAACAUCUUUGAUGAAGCUGUGGCAACCAGCCCCUCAUUGGCGAUAUUAGGAGCAAUACUAUCGCAACAGGUUAGAGUCACGUCCUGAAGUACGAACUAGCUCAUCCCUUACUUGUUAUGUUGAGGUGGCAAUUUUUAUUCCACAGUGCAAUAUGUUUAGUUUAUUGGAACGGACGAUAUUCAGAGUGAAUAAAUUUAGUAAAUUGGUUCAUCCAUUUCCUUGAUCUACAGAACUAAAUCUCUUCUUUGCGCUUGACAUGCCCGUCAUCUCCGACUACCCACCAAGAGAAAGCGAAG